AGGCACAGAGUAAUAAAGCUAUAUUGAUUUAUUAUAAUAAAGUGACAACCAUGGGAUAUAUAACGUUUAUUAAGUAAAUAUAUUUGAAAAGUUUGUCAUUCUCAGUAAUUGUUCUUGAAGUGAACAUCAAAGCGUUAAUUUUUGGUUGACUACGGUCAUAUAUACACACUACCAUCUUUGCAGAUCAGCGUAUUGCAUGUAAGCAUCACUCUAUAUAAGGUUUUGAUUUUCAGAGGAAAUAUAUUUAGCCGUGAUCGUGAAAGUGACAGCAACAUCAGAACUAACGAUGGGUGACUCCAUAUUUCAAUAUUUUACAGAAAUCAUUAAUGUUCAGUGCUUUUUAAUCGGAUUAGUUACUCUUCUCAUCGCACGAUGGUUUAUGACACGAUCAAAACGCACCUACAAUCUACCUCCGGGUCCAACAUCUUUUCCAAUAAUUGGAAAUUUACCUCAGAUGAUUACAGUCACAGAUCUUAGUGAGAAAAUGAAAGAUCUUCGAGAACAAUACGGAGGCAUUUUCAAAAUCGAUGUCGGUUUUGACACUAUGAUAAUGGUAUGUAAAACUGAAUGGAUUUUGGAAGGAUUGGUCAAGAAAGGAGAUCAACUAAAGGGAAGGUCCUAUUGGUUCUACCUUUUUGAUAAAGUAUUUCGAAAGAAAGGCAUAUUCUUUGGCAUUGGAAAAGAAUGGAAAGAUGUAAAGAAGUUUACCCUUUCAGCGUUCCGGGAUUUAGGAGUGGGCAAGAGAAAUCUAGAAGAACAGAUAUAUUUGGAAAUUCAGGAAUUGGGUAAAGUUUUUGACUCCUAUAAUGGUAAACCGUUCUCCUUGAAAAAACCGCUGGCACAGUUCGCGUUGAGUAUUAUACACCAUAUAAUAUUUGGUGAAAGGGUCAAAGUUGGUGAAACAGAGUUUCAGAAAAUCCUUGAUGACUUUGCAUUCUUCUUCAAGAAUGUUAGUGCAUUUGUACCAGAGAAUUUCCUUCCAUCCCUGCGAUUUCUUCGAUGGAAAUCUCCUGUAGGACGGAUUAUCCAGAACGACGAAAGCGCCCGAAGUUACGUAAAAAAUAAAAUCAUAGAACAUAAAGAAACGUUUGAUGCUGAAAACAUAAGAGAUUUCAUUGAUAUGUAUUUGCUGACGCUUGAGAAGGAACCAAACAGUGAAACGUUAACUGGCUCAAACAUGCUCCGUGCGAUCCUCGAUAUGUUUACGGGAGGAACCGACACAGUUGCAUUAUAUCUUACCUGGGCCUUUCUCUAUAUGGCCAAAUAUCCUGAUAUGCAGAACAGGUGUCGGGAAGAAAUCAAACAAAUCACAAAUAUGAGCAGGCCUGUCACAAUGGAAGACAAACGAAGCAUGACAUACGUUGCAGCGACUCUUUUGGAGGUCCACAGAAUUGCUCCCAUUGCUCCAAUAAGUGCUCCACAUGUCGCCGAAGUAGACACAACUCUAGGAGGUUAUGAUGUCCCCAAAAAUACUGCUGUUUCGUUCAUAUUAAAAGAUGCUCUUCAUGACCCAAACCAUUGGGAUAAUCCGGAGGAAUUUCGCCCCGAAAGAUGGAUUAACGAAAAUAAUGAGAUAAAGAAAAAAGAGGCUUUUGUUCCUUUCUCAUUGGGUCCAAGAAUAUGUGCAGGAAUGUCAUUAACCCAUUUUGAAACCUUCAUAGCCUUUACAAAUAUCUUACAAAAAUAUAAGAUGGAAAAACCUGACGAAACGCCAAUGACAAUGGAAGGCAUACAAACAGGAAUUACUUAUAUUCCAGUGAGCGAUAAUAUCCGUGUUGUACCACUUUGAAGUACAUCGUUCAUACGUGUCUGAAGGUACCUCUUUAAACUACACUGGAUAUACCUGAGGAAGAAUAUCUUUUUUCAUCAGCUGAAUACUUUUUUCAUUGGUAUUUCUCCGAUGUACGCAAAUCUUACUUGAACAAUGAUAAUACUUUGACGUGCAUAUUAAUAUAUGUUUGAUAAUAUUUGUGUGUUAAUAUCUACAGAAGUGUCAUAUAAUAUUUAGAUCAUAGAAACAGACGGACCAGUAGAACCAUGACUGAUAUAGUGUCUAACUUUGUCAUUAAAGGUCUUGCAUUGUAAUUCAUAUAUCAUUUAUCUCUCUCUAUAUGUUAUAUAUCAUUUAUCUAUCUAAAUGUUUUUUUUAUGGUCAUCUAAUCAUCUUAUAAUUGAUAGAAUGUAAAUCGAAAAUAAUAAACUUGUUGCAAUCAUAA